ACAUUCGUAUCACUGCUAUCAGGUGUCGGAAUGGUGCAGUGAAUAUAAUAUAAUUUAUAAAAAGUUAUUUUGACUAACGUCUCAGGAACAUGAAUUGCUUUCUUUUUAGUCCAGGCCAGGCGGUUGGGACCGGAUGUGACGUUUCGUCUAGCGCCGUGCUGUGAAAUUUAAUUGAAAUAGUGUGUAAUUUAGCAUGUAAACAUCACGUUUAAAUUAUACGAUCGUAUAGCUAUAGAAUUGCAUUCGAGUUUAUGUUCAGUUUUGUGGAUGCAUGGUCAGCUGUCUGUCUACUCCACAAGCAGCUAGCUACGGGUGUGUUCGUAAAUUCAAUAUGGAGUGCACUUAGGGUGCGCUCAGGACGUUCGUAAAUUCAGACCGUUGUCAGAUUUUCCUUUCGUAAAUUCAGAGCGUUUCGCUCUCGGAGCGUACACCGGACGCUCUGGCUGAGGAGUAGAGUUGAUUCGAGCGUUCUGACCACACAACAGCAGUCAAGCACCCAAGCUAGCUACUUCCAGACACAAAUUAGAGAACACUUCACUCGGACCAUUUUACUUUACUCGCCCUAGCAGAGGCUAGGGCUGUUUUCAUGUUAUCCAGAGCGCUGGUAACUAUGCUGCUGGCAACCAUUUAAUUGCGUUUUUUGCCGACGUUUACUGAUAGCGGCCAUAUUCUACGGGUAUUGAGUGUUCGUAAAUGUAUAAUUUACUCUGAAAUUGGAUUAAAUAGCCAGAGCGAAUAUACGAACGCACCCUACGUGAACAGCUGAGCAUGCGUGAACUCCUUGAGGGUUCAUUAUGUUUUAGCAAUAUCCCUAGUUACCACAGGAACAAAGUCAAAAUGGCCGUAAAAAUGUAUGAAAACUAAAAAUAGCUUUUUGGUUUUACGGGUACGGUUAGGCAUAAUAUUAGCAGUGUGGUUAAGGUUAUGAUUAUAUUUCAAUAAGAGAAAUAGGCGGGGUUUAGUCAUAAAUAUGACUUUGUGGCUGUGGUAAUGAGCGGAGACUCGACAUGUUUUGUUUUGACGGUGUAGUUGCUAGUUAUUGUCACAAAUAAUCCCUAUUUUAAGUAUCUUAACUAAUAUGAGGUAGAUAGCAAGCUCGUUUUGCAGUUAAAUUGGAAGCGAACGCUGUAGCCGCCGGUGUUUAUGGUGGGAUGUCGGUUAGCCAAAUAAUGUAACUUUAAUCAGAUGGCGACUGGCUGCGUCACAUGGUGGAACAGUUACGUUAGUUAACAAUAAAGCAAUGUGUCAACAUGAUUUGCAUUUGUUAGCUAUAGGGGGCCGCCUAGCAUCUUUCUGAGAAUCAACGGAGAGGUUCCGCUUGGUAUCCAACUUUUGCUGAUCAGGGUGUGAACGGGUAUCCUAGUACUUCUUAUGUCAGGAUUUUGGAGUGAGUUAGAAGAUUUUAUUUUAAAAGAAACGACUAUGGUCAUGCAACAGAGUCAGGUACGUGCGCAGGCUUUUAGGCUACACUUGACUUUCCAGUGGCAACUACAAUCCCAGCUAUAAGCUGCCUGCCUCUUCUUUGUAGAGUUACUGUGACAAAUGCUGACGUCAAAAUGGCUUUAUAAAUACAUUUCAUUGAUAGAGAGACAUCUGAGACAGCUCAGGCUUGCUGGACACACCGCUCUCUGGCAUCAUUUACAAAAUGGUCUCUAACACUCUACUCAGCAAACUGUAUGUAGUCUAUCACAAGGCCAUCCGUUUUGUCAGCAAAGCCCCAUAUACUACCCACCGCUGCGACGUGUAUGCUCUAGUUGGCUGGCCCUCACUACAUAUUCGUCGCCAAACCCACUGGCUCCAGGUCAUCUGUAAGUCUUUGCUAGGUACAUUUUCGCCUUAUCUGAGCUCACUGGUCACCAUAGCAACACCCACCCGAUUUCUCUUCUAUUAUGUUAUUGACUGUAAGUUUGUUUAUGUGUAACUCUGUGUUGUUUUUGUCACACUGCUUUGCUUUAUCUUGGCCAGGUCGCGGUUGUAAAUGAGAACUUGUUCUCAACUGGCCUACCUGGUUAAAUAAAGGUGACAUUUGUUUUUGCAUGACCCCACUGAGGAAAACAGCCAGAGGCAUGUUGAUGUCACAGACCUGUAGGGAGGCUCUCAGCAGCGUUGUUAACGCUUGUGCAGAGGAGCUAGAUGGCUUUCCAGUUAUUCUACUAUGUGGUGCUAAGAAUGUUGGGAAGUCCACCUUCAACCGUCACUUCAUCAGUACCUUACUAAACCACACUGCAAGUAUAGAAUACCUGGAGUGUGACCUGGGCCAGACAGAGUUCACUCCCUCAGGUUGUCUCUCCCUGUCUACUGUUAGAGAGCCACUGCUGGGUCCCCCCCUCACACACCAGUGGGCCCCAGACCACAUGAUCUUCUAAGAAGAUGGCACCGAAGAACAUGGCUGAUGUUUUACAUUCUCCCAACUAGAGGUCGACCGAUUAUGAUUUUUCAAUGCCGAUACCGAUUAUUGGAGGACCAAAAAAGCCGAUACCGAUUAAUCGGCCAAUUUUGUUUUUGGACUAUUUUUUUUCUUUGUAAUAAUGACAAUUACAACAAUACUAAAUGAACACUUAUUUUAACUUAAUAUAAUACAUCAAUAAAGUCAAUUUAGCCAAAGUAAAUAAUGAAACAUGUUCAAUUUGGUUUAAAUAAUGCAAAAACAAAGUGUUGGAGAAGAAAGUAAAAGUGCAAUAUGUGCUAUGUAAGAAA